UGUCAUUUGAGCGGGAUGUAAACAACACGCGCUGCCAUGCGUUGCUGCUUUGCUUUGUGCCAUCGAAGUGUCCGUCUCGCAGGUCCCGAAAACCGAACGCAACACUCGCGCGUGUUUGUGUCCCCGCGACAGGGAAGAGGGGGCAGGACGAAUUGCUGCCGCCGCUGUAUGAUGCCGCUUGCCGUCUACCCGCUGUACGGCCGGCCAGUGAGAUGAGUGUGUACCACGAUGAGGUCGAAAUCGAGGAUUUCGAGUACGACGAGGAGGAGGAGAUGUACUACUACCCGUGCCCGUGCGGCGACCGGUUUCAAAUCAGCCGGGAAGAGCUGAUCGCGGGCGAGGAGGUCGCUACCUGCCCGAGCUGCUCGCUCAUAGUGAAGGUGAUCUACGAUCCGGAAGCGUUUGCCGCGGAACAGGACGAAACGGAAGCGGUGGCGGGUAAAGCGACCGAUCAGCUGGAAAAGAACUAAACUGGUCAAGUGUGAAUAUUACGAAGAAUAAAGCUAGUCGCAAACCAGAUAAAAAAGAGGAAAACACAGAGUGCAUCAACAAUUAAAACACUAACAAGUACAGUAUGGUGAAAAUAACUUACAGGUC